AUGGCAUCCCGCUUUCAUGGGUACAUUCCAGUGGGAUGCCUGAUUGGCGACGACAUCGUCAAUCCAUCACGAAAUACAGCGCCAACAGUCCUCCACAACUGGAAUAUACCAGGAGAAGACACGUCAGUGAAGAGCAGGACGCCCGAGGGCUGCGCGGUGCCUCCGAAUAUCCGUGCUAGGUUCUCGCUCCGAGAUGGCCUUUCACGUCUCUAUGAAUCAAAUUGGAUCCGAUUGGAGCACAUUGCACUAUCCGGCUCAGCAGAGGUUCUCAGAGUAUACAUCCUUCCCGACGACGUUGACAACAACAAUGUCCCGAGAUCAGAUGUCAAGCUGCAGAAGGACCGUCGAGCCCUCUUUACCAUGCUCGAUUUUUCUCCAGAAGCGUGGAGCGGCAGACCUGGGACAACCCCUCGAUCAAGUCCAGAGCCCGCAGAAUCUACCACCGAAGAAGAGCUUUCUUUGCUAGAGAUGUUCAAUAACAUUCCCUCUCCUGACCCGGACCCGGACACGAUUGUUGACCCUUCCAGGCGGGAGUCAGUCGACCAAUUACUCGUCAGCAAAGUCAGAGGUCUCAAAACAUCACUCUAUCCCUACCAGCGUCGAUCCGCAGCCUUGAUGGCCAUGAGGGAAGCUCAGCCUGGGAAAUCGCUCGACCCUCGACUCCUCCGAGUGAAAGACCAGGCCGGAGAAGAUUGGUAUUACGAUGCCGCGGCAUGUGUUAUCCUGCGAGAGCCGCGCUACUACGACGGCGUCCAGGGCGGCAUCCUCGCCGAGCAGAUGGGCGCCGGCAAGACCCUGAUCUGCCUCGCUCUGAUCCUCGCGACCAAGUCUCUGCCAACACAGGUCCCUGCCCAUUGCCUCCGCGACCGCACUGAGACGGGCCGGAUCAGAUCGCUCGCUGACAUGGCCGCUGCCAAGCUUACAGCCGAAGGAUUUCCAUGGAGAUAUUACUUUGGUGCAGAGUCGGGCUUGGAGCAUUCGGCAUGUGUCGAGGUACUCAGUCGCAACCCCGGCUUUUACCGGCUGCCCUUAUCCAACACUUCCCGGCGGGGUCGAACCAGCACCGAACCAGCGGAUGCAAGAAAGAUCACCAUCAGCCAUUCUUCGCUGAUUGUUGUACCAAACAAUCUGCUCAAGCAAUGGCAAGGCGAAGUCAAGUUGCACACAACGGACAGUCUCAGCGUUCUUGUUCUGCACGACAAGGAUCCCGUACCUGCCGUCAGUGAGCUCGCGCUCUAUGAUGUGAUAUUUCUCACGCACUUUCUUCUGGAAAGGAUGGUCAGAGCUGGCACGUGGGAAGAGAACCCCUUGGGAGGCAUUCUCUUCAAGCGGUGUAUCGUUGACGAAGGCCACAAGCUCGGCAACUCUACCCAUAACGCCCGGAGUGAUUUCCUCCUCGGACUUGACAACAUCCACACAUCGUCCAGAUGGGUUGUCAGCGGUACACCCUCCAAGGGGCUCUAUGGAGUAGACGAGAAGGACCCAGACGAUCAAGAGGCUACCAAGCUGGAAGCGGAGCAGUUGCGAGUCACGGAGAAGGGCGAUCUGGCAAGGAUAGGAGCGAUAGCGACCCUCUAUCUCAAAGCCCGCCCAUGGGCCAACAGCGGCCUCCAUGGCAGCAAGUCGCCCUGGUCCGUCUACGUCAUGCAGCCGAGACACCUCGCCAGUGGUGCCGGCCGCAGUACGGCGCUGCGGGCGACGCUCAACUCGCUCAUCAUCCGGCACCGUCUCUCGGAGCUGACACAUGUGCUUCCGGACGUUGAUGAGAAGACUGUCUUCCUCGACGGCUCCUACCAGGACAAGCUUUCUCUCAACAUCUUCUCCAUGGUCAUCGUCGCCAACGCGGUGCUGUCGCAGAGGACAGACGCCGACUACUUCUUCCACCAGCGCAACCGCAAGUUCCUGCUUCAGCUAGUACACAACCUCAAGCAGGCGUGUUUCUUCGGAGGGUCCUUCUUCUCGCAUGAUGAGAUUGCCACACCUCUCGAAACGGCCGUCACCUUUUUGCACGAUAGUAAAGUGCCAAUCAGCAGCGAAGACGAGGCCCAGCUCCGUCGGGCUAUGGAUGUGGCGAAGCUCGCUCUUGAGAAUCCUCUCAAGAGCCUGAGUAACGCUUUCCACGAGAUGCCAGUCUACGUCCGCAAUUUCCUUCCCGGCGGCGCAGGAGCAGGGUGGUCCAUUGACCACGCGGCGGACGACCCGGUGUGCACAAACGCCCCGCUGAUCAUGGCCGCGCAGAAGCUCAUCCGCCCCGCUCUCAGUGAUGAGACGGCCCUCAACAGUCUCCUCAACGGAGGAUUUCUCGCCGCAGGCCGGCGGCACCGCGAUCAGGUUGAGUCGGAGGCCAAGGAAGACAGCAUCCCUCGCGGGUCGGCGGCGGCGGCGGCGGCGGCGAGAAACAAGACGCUCGCCGGAAAGACGAAGCUCGGCGACGACCAGAGCCUCAAGAAGCUGCGGACGAACGCGGCGUUUGCCAAGGCGGAGCUCGUGGCUACGGCGUCGGCGAAGAUGACGUAUCUACUCGAUGCAAUCAUUGAACAUCACGAACACGAGAAGAUCAUUGCCUUCUAUGAAAACGAGAAUACGGCGUGGUACAUUGCUAGCAUGCUGGAUGUCAUUCAGAUCGAAUAUCUCAUCUACGCCAAGACGUUGACACAAAAGCGAAAGUCACAAUACAUCAACACUUUCAACAACGACACCAAGUUUCGUGUCAUACUCAUGGACAUAACGCAGGCUGCAUAUGGCCUUGACAUGCGGGCAGCGUCGCGCAUCUACUUCCUGAACCCCGUCCUCAACCCCCAGGUAGAGGCACAGGCCAUCGGUCGAGCGCGUCGCAUCAGCCAGCAGAAGGCCGUUUCGGUAGAGACACUAGUACUUCGAGGUAGUAUCGAGGAGGUUAUCAUCAAGCGCAAGCACAAGAUGAGUCAAGCAGAGCACACCAAAUGCAAAAGCAUUCUCGAUGAUCGGCCAUUAUUCAACUACAUCCGCAAUCCUGGAUUCCUGCCAAUGCCAGAAGGCCAGCAUGAAGGACUAGCGCAGACAGCAUCUCUGAGGCACCCACAGCCAAUCUUCGGCAGGGGCUUCGGACGAGUUGUGCACCCUGACGAAGACCUUUGGAUAACUGAUGGGGCUAUACCCCGGGCCACGGUAUUGGAUGAGACGCCUGCACGUAACGGGGCCACAGGGACAGCGAAUGGACUGGCAAAUCGAGCGAAGCGGCCACAUGGCGCGGUCAUGAGUCCCAGGGAGCCGGGUGAGCCAGAGGGAGAGCAGGCAGAAGAAAGCGAGCCGGUCUCAAGGCGCAUACGCUUCGCCUGA